AUUCCAGGCAGCCUCAUCAUUCCGUUAUUUAGCCUCCUCUAUUAUCUUCAGGCCACUGCAUUUCCAGCAGCCACGCAUUCCCUUCGCUAGCAAGUUUCGCUUGCUGGUCGUGUGCAAUUCGAUCCGGUUGUCGCGGUGCAGUUCGACCAGGCUCAGCGGGUCCUGAUCCUCGUGUGUCGAAGUCACGUGAUCCCUGCAUACAAUUCGGCUCGGUUGUCUCUCUUGCUGCUCCAGUUGCCACGUGUCUAGCAGCAGGUACGAUGGACGUGCUUGCAGUCCCGCAAGUCCACCCCCACCUUAAUUCGCUAACAUCUUCAACCGCUCUCCGACAAUCCGCAGCAGCGAGAAUCGUCGCCAUAAGCAGCAGCAGCAGCAGCAGCAGCAGCAGCAGCAGCCUUGGACGAGCCCCGCUUAGCUGCACAGCGACUAGAAACCUCAUCAGAAUUCGCAGUGCUGUCACUCGUCAGUCCACCCGCCGAUUCCGCCAGUACCGUCCUGAUCUUCGCCGUGCUCUCCGCGUCAGCGCUAGCCAAUCAGACGGCGACAACACGGGAAGUGAGAGCCAUGGCACGUCAGCGGGUGUCGCAGUACCGGCAGCACCUGCUGCUACUAAGGACGAGCUGGUGAAGUACAUCUCAGGCAACGCGGAGGUGUCCGUGAUGGUGGUGGUGGCCACUGAUCUGGUCAAGGAGGCUCAGAGGAGACACGGCAUGGCCCCCACGGCCAUAGCAGCACUCGGGCGGCUGCUAAUGGGUACACUGCUGCUGGGAGCAAUGAAAGGGCCAGACGAGUCCGUGCAGGUCACAGUGAAUGGCCGGGGACCGAUCGGGCAGGUCACGGCUGUUUCCGCACAGCAUGGGGAGGUGAAAGGAUUCGCCCAUAACCCUCUGGCGGAUCCUCCUCUCAACUCCAAAGGCAAGAUGGACGUGGGUGGUGCCGUGGGCAAGGGAGUUCUUAGCGUCAUCCGAACUCAUCCUUCCUGGCAGUCCCCUUACACCGGCACUGUGCCUCUGGUGUCAGGGGAGAUAGCAGAAGACCUGGCGAACUAUCUAGCGGAGAGUGAGCAGGUCAACUCUGCUCUGGGGCUGGGAGUGGCGGUGGGGAAGGACGGCAUUGUCAGAGCAGCAGGCGGUUUUCUUGUUCAAGUCCUUCCCUUCUGCUCAGACGAGACACUGGAUCAGCUAGAGGCCAACGUCCAAUCGCUGGGCGCCAUGUCAGACGCAGUGCAGCGCAUGGAUGCAGCAGCCAUUGCCCACCAUCUCUUGCAGGGGCUUGCCCCCGAAGCAGUGAUUGAUCCGAUUGUGCCUGCGUUUGGCCCGUGUGGGUUGGAGGACUUGAAGCCUCGCAUGCUUAGAGCUGUGGAGUCUCUAGGAGCUGAGGAUGUGAAGAAACUGAUUGAGGAAAGAGGGUCAGUGGAGGUUCGCUGUGAGUUUUGUGCAGAAACAGUGGAUUUCAAGGAGGAAGACUUGCAUGACCUUCUAGUGGAGGCAGGAAAGGAAUGAUUGGGCGCUGGAAAACAGUGUUAGAAGUUGCGAAGCACUCUUUUAUGAGUUAUGUUGAGAGUAACUUCAUCUAUGUAUUUGAGAUGCACGCCAUCUACGAAUAACUUACUUUUUAUACCAUUCACCUUGCCUUUGACCAUGACAGGGUGAUCUUCAGGUUUGCUCCCAUUAUUCGUCCGAGUGCGAUCGAUAGUGUCAACUUAUAUAUAUAUAUUUGUGUAGGCCUGGUAGGUGUGCUAUAAUUACUGGGUACAGCACCCUUCUUGUAUCCCUCUCUCUUUUAGUCCAAC